AUGGCAGCAUCCGGCGACACUCCGACUCCACACUCUUCCAUUCACGCAAAGCGCGGCUCUCAAGACAUUAGCUCUGAAGGUGGACUUUCCACCACCACCAACCAGCACUACAGUCCCUUGAACCCGAAGUCUCACAGGGCACGAUUCGGUCAUAAAUCGUCGCGCGCAGCGCCAAAGGAGCCGCCGCCAAGACCACUGAAAAGAGCGAAGGGCGCUGACGAGGCAUCGCCUACCUCCGCAGAAGAGGCCACUCCUGCGUCAGUCUCCAACCCCUCCGAUGAAUCCCCGCCACAGACACCCAAGAGCAAAAGGAGACGUGUGCAGGGGAGGACUUCGUCGUAG